AUGGCAGCCGCUGGUUCUGGUCGACACCGCCGUCACGUUGGUCCGACUACUACUCGGUCUCGUGCGUUUCAAAGCAACGAGUCCAUGGACAGUUUGCCCGAAGAACCGUGGGCCGAUGAAGAAGCAGAAGUGAUUGGCCGUAGUAGUCGCCGACACAAACAUCCAACUAGCAAAUGGAGUGGAGGCGGUCAUCUCCAAACCAGUAGUAGUCGACAACGCGCCGCCGAGAAGAAACGGCGUGGUCAUCAACAUCACAUUAGUGAACAAGUGUCAUUGACCAGUCAUGAUGAGAACAAUAGUGGUGAUCACACAGCUCCCGACAUUUUGAAAGAACGAAAUCCGUGGUGGUGCAUUUGUUGUUUGCAGUUCAAGAUUCCCCUCUGGUGGAUGGGGACCUUUGGAUUGGCCCUCUGGAUUAUACUCAUGUUCUACUUGUCGGGCAGUGUGGAAACGCCACAAGCCGAAGCGUAUCAGUGGUAUCGCGGACAUCCCCAGUUUGCCAGUUUGGAAAAUCCCAAACAUUCGGAACGCAAGAAACAAGUCUUUGCAUUGGCCACGUUGUGUUACUCGAUGGAAUACAACGAUUGGACGCCCGACGAACAGGGCUAUUGGUUGAGCUACGACGUGAAUGAAUGCUACUGGUGGAAUCAAACCAAUAAUAUUUCCAUGUGUAACGACAACAAUAAUAAUGCUUCCAUGGUCACGUGGAUACAAUUCCAAAACAAUGCCAAUAUUGUCAACGGCAGUGUCCCCAAUGAAAUGCAGUUGUUGUCGGAUCUCGCUAUUUUGGAACUCAACAAUAUGAGUGCCUAUCAUCAUCCAUUGACGGAAUUAUUGCCCUUUCCCGAUUUGGAAGAAGAUCCGGAAGCGACAUCGCCACUCCAACAUUUGCAAGGACUCUUUGUCACCAACAAUGCGCUCCUGGCGGGUGUCGUGCCCAAUUUUACACAAUUGGCACCCAACAUGACUCAUCUCGAUUUGCACAACAACGCAUUGACGGGAAAUUUGCAAGCUGCCGAUUUGGGAUUACUGACGCUCUUGCAGUAUUUGGAUUUGAGUGACAAUGCCCUCACGGGAACAUUGCCGACCGAAUUGGGAUUGUUGACGCAGUUGACACAUUUAGAUUUGCAUGGCAAUCAUCAAUUGGAAGGAACCAUUCCGCGGGAAUUAGGGCAAGCAUUGACAUCCCUUCACUAUCUCGAUUUGAGUCUCAAUAGCUUGUACGGGACGAUAGUGACGGAUAUGGGACGCUUUUCACAAAUACACACCAUCAAAUUAUUUGAAAACAAUUUCCGAGGACAAUUGCCCAGUGAAUUGGGACUACUGACAACACUCACGGCACUGGAGGUGUAUGGCAAUUACAUUACCGGACCGAUACCGGAUGAAUUGUGUCCACGAGACCAUCUUGUCGUUGUUACCGAAUGUCAAUUGGGACAUCGAUGUCCUUGUAUGGAGAUGGAGUUGGAUGCGUUUGGUGGUUGUGACACCAAUUUUAGCAAUUGUACCAGUGAGUGUUCCUGUCAUGAAGGAUCCAUACAUCAUAUUCAUUGGUAG